CCGGACUAAUGGGAGACAAGGUAGGUAGGUCCUGUACCAGACACACCAAAAUGAACGGUACAUAAAGCGUCCUACUGAUGGCAACUAGUCCAGCCUGUCUCCCUCUUCUCUCCCCCAUCCCUUCUACUGUGCCAUUACCAUUAAUCCCCCCAGUCUCCGAUUACCAUGGCAUCCCCACAGAUCCACCACGCCAGCCUCCAAGCCACAUUCAACGGUAUCGAACGAGAAAUCGACGGUGUCCCCGUUCACGAGUUCCGCGGUAUCAAGUAUGCCGACAUCCCCGCGCGGUUCGAGCAAGCGCAGCCGGUGGAGAGCUUCGAUGGCGCUGCCGUUGAUGCUACGCGAUACGGACCGAGAUGUCCGCAGGCCGAUGUCGACGUCCGACAUCUCCUCCGCAUCCCCGAGGAUUUCGUGAUCGAGAAAGAACCCGAGGAUGAGUUUGAAUGCCUGAACUUGAACAUCACCGGGCCCCCUUUGGCUGCGUCUAAGGGACCACUUCCGGUUCUGCUGUGGAUUUAUGGCGGGUCACAGGCUGUGACGUUCUGUUCUGCGGCGUCGAAGAUUUGCGAUCCGAUCCAGAUUGUGGGGGACUCUAUCAAGAGUGAUCAGCCUGUUCUCUUUGUGUCGUGUAACUAUCGGCUCAAUAUUUUCGGGUUCGGCGAUGGGAAGGAGAAGAAUCUCGCGCUCAAAGACCAGAAGUUGGCGAUCGAAUGGGUGCGGAGGAAUAUCGCUGCCUUCGGGGGUGAUCCGGAAAAUAUUACGCUGGCUGGAGAGAGUGCUGGUGCGGUCUAUGUGCACGCCCAUCUGCUCACUGGCACUCCGGUGAAACGAGCGGUCCUCGCCUCAGGCUCCAUCUAUCUCUCCAGUCCUCUGCCUGUGGAGAAAGGCCAGGGGCUGAUUGCGACGCUGCAGGCCAAAGUCAAAGAUGUGGGCCAGCCUUCUCUCCGUCACGCUUCGGUGGCGGCCAUUGUCCAGGCCAUAGAGGAGUGCAAGAUGAACUCUUUCUGGCUCCAAGAAGACGAGAGCUUUGACGGGUGGGAGGCGACGCCUGAGCUGGUGGAGGAAGUCAUGAUUGGAGAUACAGAAUACGAGUCGGUCAUCUGGAGGAACGGCAUGGAGACGCUCGAUGGGUCAACAAUCGCGGCUGCUUUCGAGCAAGAUCCCGCUUGGGGAAAGAAGUUGCGCAAACUCUACCAGGUCGUGGCCGAUCGCCCGACAGCUUGUAAAUUGGGAGCGCUGGAUUUACUCCACGACACUCGUUACUCCCUGCCGGUGGAGGUCGUCUCCGACAAGCUCCAAGCGGCCGGCAAACGGGUCUACAAGUAUGUCAUCGACCAGGUCAACCCUUGGCAGGCGUCUAACCGAGCGCACCAUGCCGUGGACCUUCUGUUCUUAUUUGGGGGCAUUGAUCUCUCGUUCAACCGCGCGGCUGACACCGUUGGUCGAGAGAUGAGGGAGCGGUGGGUACGCUUUGCAAAUGGCAGACAGCCAUGGUCCGAGGCACGACGCUUCGCCUUUGGACCGCUUGGAGAAUGUCAGGAGAUCAAUGAGGCGCAAUUCGCUGCCCGACGACGGGUAAAGCAUUUGCAGGUGUUGCGAGAGGCGGGUAUUGGGGUGUACAUGCCCGUGGUGUUUGGAGUGUCGGCAGGGAAGAUUAGUCUCAUGAAUUGA